AUGCCGAAGACUGCUGUCUUCACCACUAUUACGCCGUUGCCGGCUGGCAUCACAAGGAAGAGUGUGCUUGAUAUGUACCGCGAUCAUCUCGCCAUGAUCGACCUGAACCCACUGGUCGUGGAACGGUUCAAAUGCAGGCCACCAAGCUAUGCGCCAACAGACGAGUACUGGGCUAUGUGGUAUACCAUCAAGGACAAGGUCUCAUAUCUACCGGGCGGCCUAGCUACAGGUUCUGUAUCAUACCACGCUUGUUUCACCGACACAGCCGAGGGUCUUAACACACACGUGUACGCGCCACUCGGUCUAGAUAUCCAAGGGAAGUGGACUGUAGGAGGAAGAUUACCUGGCGAGCCAAAGCCUCCAGCUGAGCCUGGACUCAAGACACCAAGACACGGACUGUACAUUCGGGAAGACGUUAAGAUGACUUGCUCAGCACUUCUAAUGAGCUUUGUCAAGAGGACGUUCAAGGACUCACACGGAAAGCUUGUUGAUAAGCUAGUGGAGAAGGCGCAUAUCCUGGAGUCAAACUUUGCGAAUGAGAGACUACAAGCACUCCGGAAUGUUGCUCCCGGUGAACGAAUGGGUCAUGGAGACAUCUUCAUCGCACCACCACCAGACUACGACUACCAGCCUUCUCCAACAUACCUCCAGGUUCCCUCGCCUCGCUUCGUAUCCCAUACAAGAAGUCAAAGCGACCCAGUGCUAUCUCCUGGCUUCUCUUCUUCCUCGACACUCAACGAUCCCAAUGACAGCCCCUUCAACAAGAAAGAUCGGCCAACAUCAUUCACGUUUGUACGUGAAGAGAAGGAGGUCUCGUCCUCCGCUCCCGAGGCAACCUCUUUUCUGCUGCCAGCGACAACAUACGACGGCGGGUUCUCGCAACGACGUGAGCGAUCAGCAUCAUUGUAUCCUGGCAGUUCGUCGGACCAACACUUCGAGCGCAUGAACUCCGAGCGAAUGAUAUCUCUACUACCGCUUAGUCCAACAACUCCGGCACCACCACAAGAUUGGAACGCCCCAGAGCACGCACCCAGGAUCUCUUAUACACCCGAAGAGCGACCUAUCUCAUUCACUUUCCCCUUUGACCCGAAGCACCCCUUUGAUCGCAAAUCGACAUCGGAGACGUCGCAAUCGGACCAACAAAACCUUCUCGACGACAUCGACGACGCAAUUGACGAAUUCAUGUAUACAUUACCUGCGGCUACAUAUAGUCCGCUGCCCGCAACCACAUACUCGCCCCAACCAACCCCUGAGCCGAUACUAUCCAGCGCAACAUAUACCCCAGAACCGACGCUAUCCAGCGCUACCUACAACCCAGAGGCCACCCUGACCAGCGCGACCUACAAGCCAGAGCCGAUACUUUCGAGCGCGGUCUACGACCCAAGACAUGCGCGAAAGGACUCCGCCAUGCCGUCUCAAGACUACGCCGACGAACGACCUCCGGUGCCUUUGAAGGACGACAAGUACAGGAAAGGUAGCCUGAGGGGAUAG